UUUCUUUGUCUAUCCGUGUUUCCGCUAUUAUAUGAGUGUCUGUGUGUCUCUGGAGUCGGGUGAGCCGAACGAGCGGGUUAGCAGCAACGCAACCAGAUAGGCAGGGUGCAUCGUCGGCCCGGUGCAGUUCGUCGUCGGUGCGGAGCGGUGAGGUGUAUCCUAUCACGCAUCGUUUCGUAUGAUCGUAUAGAGAGAAUUAAAAUAGCUGGCCGUGCUGAGCCGAUUUCAAUUGAGGGGUGGUCGUCGUUGUUGUUAGUUGCCAAGAGUGCAGCAGCCCCCCGGUGGUCGCUGGUUGGGCUGGUUAGCGUGCGGUGAGAUGCGAGGUGUGACUCGGUGCGCUGAAGUGCUAAAAGUAGAAAAGGCAGAAGUGUGAAGUUUGCGAACUGAAUUGAAGACGAAACGCCACAACUAUAGCGCUUGGUCAACUGUGCCAGGCUAGCUGCAAGCUGGCAGUGUGGGCGCCGGCAUGCAUCGCGAGCGGGAUCCAGAAACGACGUGCGAAUAGAGGAGGUCGGAAGGGCCAUGCAAAAGAAAACCGGCCCUACACGCUGUUAAUCAUCAUUUCUACUUCUUCUAGAUAUCGACGAGUUCUUUAUUGCUAAUUCAAAUCGGAAUCGUUGGCCAACCCCGUGUAAGCAACUCGCUGCACGGCCGACAAGUCGACCCAAUUCGUUUGUCGAAAUCAUACUGGAUUGUCUGUUAUAUUAUGUGUUAACCUAGCGGGGACUUAGUAGCAGGCAUCGCAACUCGUUGCCGGCGGCAUCAGCAAUUCGAGCGGACACAGCAUCCGCCUACAGAAGCAACCCGGCAAAGUUCACCAAAACAAUCGACGAUCGCUAGACCCUACGGUAGACGCCAAUAGUUACAGUAGCAUCGGAAGCACGGCCCAUCCCGUAGGCCUAACGCCAAACACUAUUUCGCCUGCUGUGGUAGCAGCGGCAGCAGCAGCAGCAGCCUCAGCAGCAGCAGCCGCAGGGAUCACAGCAUAGCGCCGAGCUAAAGCUCCUAUUUGCUACAAAUAGGCGAACUUCAAGUGGAUUGCCAGGUAAUGUGUGAAACGCCUCAAGUGUUAAACACGGUUUGCGAGUGCAGACUGUGCGUUGAACCAUUGUGUCGUCGUGGAUUCGCGUGUGAAUAAUCGAAUGAUUGGGUGUAAGUGAGCUUAUUGCCGCCUCUGUUGGAUAGGAACGAAUCAAAUCGAGUGGAUAUACCGCUAGUAGGCCAGAGUCAGGCAGGUCAGAAUCGUGGAUUACCGACCAAGACCUUUUGCUGUCCACCACCAGUCGUGCAGGGAGUGGAAAAAAGACAUCGAAUAAGCUGCUAGUAAUCGUUAGCAAGUGAAAGGCAAGCCAGCCGCCAGAUCCGUAUUGCAUAUCGCAACAGUACUAGCAGCAGCAGAAUCAGCGGUACUUGCAGGUUAUGUCGAUGUCCAUCAACCAGUUCGAGAUGCUGUGCGAGUCCGUAACUCAGAUAGCUAGAGGGAAGCAUUUACGCUAGGAAAAAGAGGAGCAAGUUAGGAGCGAUUGUUCGAGAGGCAAACUUCGAUCAUCGGCAAGGGCUUAUGGUUGCGACGGGCUAUGAUGUUGGUAGCGGUAUUAACCAAGUCGAUCCCCGCCGUUAUUAACUGUUGCAGACUCAGCUUGUUGCUCAUUCAGUUUCGUAGCUAUUGGACGGCUCGGUUCUCUGAUUAAAACAGCGGCGUUCGCUAUUGACGCAGGCUGCAGCUAGUCUCCUUGCACUGGUGAUAUCUACCUCCUGAUAAUAAGUAUUUCCUUCAUCGAAGAAACAGAAACGCCGCAACAGAUUGCAGGUCACUAUAGGUAAAUAAAUGCUCGGAGGAGUCUCUGCCGAGGUGAUUACUUGUCCUCGGAAAACGGUCGCUCACUGCAGUAGCCGACUUGGCGCUGUUAACAAUUUGCGCGUGAAGGGAGGAGGAGAGGUCGAUCACGGUAUUAAAUUACCCGCGGCGUAAGCGUGCAACCCUGUUUCCUGAUAACGUCUUCAUUAUCGUGAACCACACUAGCCCCGACUGAAUUAGUCUAAUCAAAGACAUCGGCAACAAUUAGCUACGGAACUCAGCAAGACGAACAUGACUCUGGCAUAAUGCGUGAAUGACCACAUGUAUUUUUUACGAAUGCACUCGCCGUGAAACUGGUUCGUUGAGUGAUUGAAGUAAGUGGUGGUCCAGAACUUCUGUCGUUUUGCAGUUCCCGACGUCCUUCGUUGUAACCGAGUGGAGCGCGGUGUUGAAUGAAGGACGGAAGCGCCGUACACGACGAACCGCUUGUUUACGGCAACACGAGUCAAUCUUUUGCAUCAUUGACAUUUUAGCAGCACUUCGCGAUAUAAGCACAUUCGAUUUGACAAUCGGCAUAGCUGCCGAAGAGCUGAAGGUGUGACAGCAGGUGAAUACUAGUCCUAAUAUACGAGGGCAGUUUAGGCCAAAUAUAAACGAAAAUAACCAGACGAACACACAUUUAUCGGCCGCAGCUGUAACGCCGUUAACUAGUAAUAGCAACAGCAGCAAAGAAAAGGUUGCAGAACGUGCAUUUUCGUAGUAAUUGACUAGGAAGUACUAAGAGUCGACACAAUUGUACAAGAAUAAGCACCGAAAGUAACAAAAGUGCGAGUGCAGCUAAAACGAUCAGGCGAUCCUGAACUAAGAAAACGACGUCGCAAAGGUGGUGAAGCGUGGGAAAGAAGGCGCAAGCAGUUGGUGCAGGAGGUGUGGGUUGGGGGAGGAGCAGUUAGUGGUCGGUCGGUCGAAGACAGAGGCGUCCCUCGCCCACAAAGACAACCGCACGUUUCGCGAUGAGCGAGUUAGAGGCACUUCGCCAAGAGGCAGAAACCCUUAAGAAUACCAUUCGGGAUGCGCGGAAAGCCGCGUGUGACACGAGUCUGGUCCAGGCCACGGCAAACAUGGAGCCGGUUGGCCGGAUCCAAAUGCGCACAAGACGAACAUUACGAGGCCACCUCGCCAAGAUCUAUGCCAUGCACUGGGGUAGUGAUUCCCGCUACCUCGUGUCAGCCUCACAAGACGGCAAGCUGAUCGUCUGGGAUGCAUACACAACAAACAAAGUGCAUGCGAUCCCUCUCAGAUCAUCGUGGGUUAUGACUUGUGCCUACGCGCCGUCAGGCUCAUAUGUGGCCUGCGGUGGCCUAGACAACAUCUGUUCGAUUUACAGCCUCAAAACCCGAGAAGGAAAUGUUCGUGUGUCCCGAGAACUGCCAGGCCAUACUGGCUAUCUGUCGUGUUGUCGCUUUCUUGACGACACUCAAAUCGUCACCUCAUCUGGGGACAUGACCUGCGCGCUGUGGGACAUUGAGACAGGUCAGCAAUGUACGUCAUUUACCGGUCAUACAGGCGAUGUCAUGUCUCUUUCGCUCGCCCCCGACAUGCGCUCAUUCGUGUCGGGUGCAUGCGAUGCAUCCGCGAAGCUUUGGGAUAUUCGUGACGGCCUCUGCAAGCAAACCUUCCCUGGCCACGAAUCGGACAUCAACGCCGUGACUUUCUUUCCUAAUGGGUUUGCCUUUGCGACGGGUUCCGAUGACGCCACAUGUCGCUUGUUUGACUUGCGCGCUGACCAAGAAUUAGCACUUUACUCCCACGAUAACAUUAUAUGCGGUAUCACAUCAGUAGCAUUCUCCCGGUCCGGUAGACUGCUCCUGGCCGGAUACGACGAUUUCAAUUGCAACGUCUGGGACUCGAUGAAAGCGGAACGUGCCGGGGUGCUUGCUGGUCAUGAUAACCGUGUAUCCUGUUUGGGGGUCACGGAGGAUGGGAUGGCAGUCGCCACUGGCUCCUGGGAUUCCUUCCUCAAGAUUUGGAACUAAAGAACAAUAACCAACUUGGGAAGUGGCCAAGGAGAAAUCACGAAGCUACAACAACAAUAAGAGCAGCGACAACAGGAAAAAUAAUCACAACUAUAAAUAUACAGACAUGGCGACAUCGAAAGAAUACACAGUCAGCAUUAAUAUUACUAUUAUCUCAUCCAUAUUAGUUUGUAGUCUAGUCGCAAACAUGCCAGGCGGAUCUCCCGAGCAGAAGAUAUACUUUUCACCCAGUCUUGAUUUCCGUUACGUAAUGAUAAUAGUAAUAGCAUCAAGACUUACCGAUUAUUCGACACGUGAAUCCUUCCUCGUUUAUUUGGUAAACAGACAAUACAGAAGCAAUCAGAUGUUUGUUUUUGUCAGACUUCUGAGAGCCGCGCUAGAGUGUUCGCAAUAUAUUGGCACGAAGACAUUGAGAGUAAACAUGCGGAAGGGGAGAAUGAAAGUUUGCCGAGUGGAGUGUGAUUUACGUGGCAUCUGGAUAACAAACAAAUAGAAUAUGUCUGAGCUAUGUGAGAGACAGGUCAGGAGAGAAUGAGCUGUGGAAAAAGCUGAAUGAAAGCUAACAAAAGCGCCAGAGAAAAAAUAAACGAAGUGAAUAUCCAGUAUGGAACCAGAGCAAGAAAAACUACAGAUCGAAAGAGUCAAAAAGGCUACGAUGAGAAUGUUUGCAAAAAAAAAAGCGCGACGCUAGGGCAUCUUCAUUAUGAUGAUGAAAGUGAUGAUGAUUAUAGUUAUUAUAAUUAUGAAUUACUCUAAUUGAUAAUAUGAUGGUGACACAGCAACAAAGCAUAAACAUGGAAUGUGCAAUUAUAUAGUAGUUGGACUCUACUGUACGCCCGGUGAAGGCCGGCAGGCGCCGCGCGGCGGGUGCACUGCACUAGUCUGCAGAUGGGUCCAAUGUCGCGCUGGUGGUUGUAGUCGUUUCCUUCAAAGAAAAAUCGCACAGCCUCAUAUUAUGCACAAAUACAAACAUGAACGUACCAGCCCUUGUCUAGUACAGAGCUGCAACUGUUACAACUGUUGUCGAUUCAUUUCACCGAAGUGUAACAACAACAAGACGAUCCUGAAAGCAAUGAGAUACAGAACUAAAAUCAGCGACUGUCCUUAAACAAUACUGAUCCCAUCAGAGAAUAUAUCUCAUGCCACUACUUCUUUGAGGCUAUUGUGUGGUUGAACCGGCGAAACAUUAUCGAGUUAAUCGUCAGUAGUAUCAUGAGCGUCAUUCAACGACUGAACUGUUUAACAGAGUAAAGAAUCAACGAUUUUUAGUAACGGUCUACAUAUUCCGAAUUAACUCCUGUUUCAAUGCCAGGCCCUGUUUUAACAACUCGUGCUUUGCCGAUUAAGCCGCAGUCUCUAGGCUCUAAGUAUUAUCGCCAAGCUCUUUCUUAUAGCGGUAAAAAAGCAAGACUCUUAUUUGUUCAUACUAAUUAGGUCACAGUUUCAUUCUUGGAUCGCUACCAUCAACCGAUGUCUGGCAAGUGUCAAGAGUGCUUGCCUUCGUCGGGACGUAUCAUUGGGUCCCGGGUAUACAUUCUGGGUACGAAACGUGCAAGCUCUUGCUUCCCGAGCCGAUCCCGAACCUUACGUCGUCACCGAGCAUGUGUUAACGAUGUCUGGAAAACAGGCACAACAAAACCAACUAGGCGGUUGGGUUAUUAGCUAUUAAUAUAAAGAGCUAUAGCUGAAAAAAAUGACCUUCGACGCGAUAUUAUAUAAUAAGUAUAAAGAUACAUACGCAUUAUAUGUAACGUUUUUCUUGCUUUCAUGGUUUGUUAUUGCACGAGCCGUGUUUCUUAUCCUAGUAAAUACAUCUGAAAAGGCGAAAAUGAAUUACGUACGUCUGAGACAGAAAAUUGCUACAUAAACAUUAUAUGCUAUAUCGAUGUAACAGCAACGGCAACAACUUUCUAAGAUAUGUGAAAAUAUUUUCUGUUAAAUAAAUACAAACGCCCAUUCACCCGCAUAUGGCAGAUAGAGCAUUAUUACCUAACGACCGUUUGGCUCCUCCUCUUAAAACUUCAUUCCUACUUUUACGUGGGACGUAUUUUAUUUGUCUAUCUCUGGCUGCAAUAAAGAUAUUUCCUGUAAAGGCCAAGCGUAAAAAGGCGAGAAAGCACCUUCACCGUUGUUAACGGACAGCGCUGUUGCUGUUCUCGACUAAUUUUUUGGUGACUUCGAGGUCCCUACGCUGGCUUUUUUGGUAGCUCCUGUCUAAUGCGAACGGUGUCCGUUGUUAAAAUCAACGCGCUGUUUAUUACCUUGGUCACCAGGGCUGUUUCGCGAAAUUAUUAUUUCACAAUUAACAUGGGCCUUAGUAAUUAGUUCGAGGGGGUUCUAAACAACUUCAAGCUGCGAUUACCGCUGACUUCUGCUCCGCCUGGCUUUUCUUCGACCCGAACGUCGCUACUGGGAGACUUUGUCGACGACAAAAGCACCAACAACCAUUAUGAUUAUUAUUAUCGAUAUUAUAAUUCUAAUAAUAAUAAUAACAAGAAUGCCCAUGCUGACACAUUUAAUGAUUCAGCAAAUUAUUCGUACAGAUUAUAUAUCAUCAUCACUAUUACUUCAUAAUUAAUUAUUAUCGUGACUCAUAAGGUUCUAAUUAUUGCAAUUCUUCCUGUUGUUAUAAUCAUUGCCGGAUUGAAUCAACAUAGCAAAGGCGAUAGGAGCGACUACGCUUAAACAGCCGCAGGACGAUACAACAAGAAAGCAUCAAUGGCAGCAGCAGCAGCAGCGACACAUUAAAAUAUUACAUUUUACAAGCUACACUUUUGGCGAUUCGAGCCUUGUAGACGUACAGUAACAAAUAGCCAUGCGUUACCAUUUCCAAUGACUUUCAAAUGGACAAUGAGAACCACUCGAAAAAAGAAAAGGCUCAUAUUGCCAACAUCUGAUUUUUUUGUAGUCGAGCCACUUACUGAUUUCGGCCUGUAUGCUAUUUACGAUCACUCAAAAGUUUUCGACACAACGAUAUGUAUUAGAGAAAUAAUGAAAAAUCGGUGACGGCGACUUUGCGUCCCCAGAGUCGCCCCUCGUCGACAUCCAUAUGUUCAGUAUUGCAAUUCUAAUUCCAAUGAUCAGUUAAUUUCGUAAUGAAAUUAUAUCACGUUAUAAUGGUAUACUAUAAAUAACUAAGGAUAAAUGCCAAGCGACGGAGAUCCAAAAUCCUGUUACAUACUGUUUCUACUGAUUUAAUAAUAUUUAUUUCUUCUAUAGACUAUUCUUUCCAGAUACAUAAUUCACUGCACAUCAAGAUGUGCAAGAAUAUCAUAAUUCCGUUGUGACGACUUCCUUGCCGGCAAGACGCAAGACCAACGCCGUCAGGCCCUUGAAAAGGUCCUAGAAUUAUGUUAAGGGGACAAUAUAAAGAUGAAGAACGCUUAUUAAAGAAAGAGUAUCCGGUAUGGAUGAAGCUCAAGCAUAUCAGGAGAAGAGCAGUUGAACUUAGAUAUAUAGGGUGGCUACAGAAGAGGACUGAAAUUUUAGCUCAGCACUCACGCCAUGCCACGUAAUAAUAUUUGGGUAUUUUAAAAUUUUCAAUACAAAAAGCGAGAGCGUGGAGAAUAUAUAUAAACCUAGAAAUAAAACAAAAAGAGUUGGAGCUAUUUUUAGGAGAGGGAAAAGCAAUUCGGGGAAAUGGCUAAGAAAUGCGCGAAAGCAGCGAUGAGAGAAAAAACUCUAUAUAGACGGGAUCAGAGCAUGCGUGGCUCACUGGGAUAGAGACUGAGGCAAAAAAAAAUGUAAUAUGUAUGAAAGAAAAACAAGUAAGCUAUUUCGAAAACGUAAUAGUUAUCUGCUUAGGAUGUUUACGAGAGUGUGUCUGCGCGUCUGUAUGAGAGAGCAAGCAGCCGGACAUAUGAAGUGUGUGAUUAACUAUGGCUGGCUGUACUGAUUGGUGAAUCAAUAUUGCACUGUUAUUACCACUAACGAAAAGGCUGAUCCUAAAAAGAUGACGCGAGUUAUAAUAUAUCGUAAUAUAAGUAAUAACUAGGGUUGCGGCAAAGACCAUAAUCGAGAAAUCUUCCAAUUGGACUGCCUCUUAUAAGUGAUUAUUUUCUGAGCAGACAGCGAUUAGCGUAAUCCGCUCAUGGUCAAAUUGACAAAAUGCAGACUGCGGACUAGAGAAAUACGACGAGGUGAGAAAUUCGAAGGAAGCGCGGAAUAUAAGGCUGUUGAAGUAAGAUGGAGAAACUUUGCACAAGAAGGGGGCCAUGGCUGCAGAAACAUGGCGCACAUAGACACACAUAGCGAACAAUGUAAAUACAAACACAAAAAAGGGGACAGACAAUAACAAACAAGUAGACAACCUAUAGCUGACGAUAUGGACCAGGAAAAUAAGGCUGCUGCUGUAUAAAGCGCUCGUUCAGUAACAGCAGAUUCAUUCAGGGUCAGCAGGAUGCCUGCUAUAGUGACGUCUCGCUUAUGUUGCUGCUGCUCCACCCUUUUAGCAAACUACACAAGCUACAGCACAUAAAAACAACAUGAACAGUAAUAUUUCAACAAUACCAUACAAACAGCGCACUCCCAACAAUCUAUAACCUGUGAUUGGCUUAUUCAAAUAAACGGGAUCGUUAAAAUAUUCGUUAUUGGUACUAUACACAUCCGCAACAACCCUAUGGAGCGCGAAAAACUAACGUACAGAUAUACCUGCAGACAGCUGAAAAACAAACAAGCAGGUGAUUACACCGCAGAAAACGCAAAAUAGAACAUACAAUUAUU